AUGUCUUCCAAAUACUUACUAGUGUUGUUCCUUUUUGGCGCGGUUCUUCUCACCACCUCCUCGCUUGCUGAUCACCACCAUGACCCUCCCAAAAAUGAGCGUCAACCACCAGAGUACAAGCCACCACAUGGACACAUGUUGUUAGCGGAGUCUGAGGUUUCCCACAAGCCUAAUUUUCCAAGGCAGGGCGGCAAGGGAGAGAAGCAACCACAGAAGCACAGGCCACCGCAUGGACACAUGUUGGCAGAGGAGGUUGAGGAUUUGCACGAGCCCAAUUUCCCAGGACAUGGUGGAAAGGGAGAGAAACAGCCACCGAGCAACCCUAACUUCCCUGGACACGGCGGCAAGGGAGAGAAGCAACCUCCGAAGCACAAACCACCACAUGGACACAUGUUGGCAGAAGAGGUUGAGGAUUUGCACAAGCCUAAUUUCCCAGGACAUGGUGGCAAGGGAGAGAAACAGCCACCGAGCAAGCCUAACUUUCCAGGAGACGGCGGCAAGGGAAAGAAGCAACCACCGAAGCACAAGCCACCACAUGGGCACAUGUUUGUGGAGGAAGUUGAGGACUCACACAAGCCUAAUUUCCCAGGACAUGGUGGGAAGGGAGAGAAGCAACCACCCAGUAAGCCAUUCCCAGGUCACGGGAAGGGAGAGAAGCAGCCACCAAAACAAAAGCCACCACAUGGACAAAUGUUGAUGGAGGAAGUUCAAGAGGAGUCACACAAGCCAUUUCCUGGACAGAAUGGCAAGGGAGGGAAGCAACCACCGAGGAAGUUGAAGCCGCCAACUCACAGCGAGAAGCCACCAACGCCCUACCACAAGCCACCCCGUAAGCCUCCAGCAGCCAAUUGA